GCUCUCCAUCGCCACCUAUAAAUGGUGGCAAUAAUGCCAAAAGGGUGGCAGUGCCGAAUGGUCAACCGCCAAGCGCCGCCCGCUACAUGCCUCGGGAGGUGCCGCCGCGAUUUCGUUGCCAGCAGGACCACAAAGUGUUAUUGAAACGUGGGCAGCCCCCUCCGCCAUCUUGUAUGCUCCUUGGGAGUGGAGUAGGGCCUACUCCCUCUCCAGCACCUGGAGCAAAUCUAAACAACGCACAACCAGUAACAGGAGUGCUACUGCCAUGUGACAGUGGGACUGCAACCGAUUCAACAACUGGAGGUGCUGCUGCUUCAAAUUAUGCAAAUUCCACUUGGGGUCCUGGAGUGUCCUCCAACAGCACCAAUGUCAACCCUACUCACGUCUGGGACAAGGUGAUUGUAGACGGGUCUGACAUGGAAGAGUGGCCUUGUAUUGCUAGCAAAGAUACUGAGUCUUCUUCCGAAAACUCCACAGACAACAACAGUGCCUCAAACUCCGGCUCAGAGAAGAGCACUCUGCCGGGAAGCACCACUAGCAACAAAGGAAAAGGAAACCAGUGCCAGUCUGGAAGCUCUGGUAAUGAAUGUAAUCUUGGGGCUUGGAAAUCCGACCCUAAGGCUAAACCUGUUCAAUCUUCCAGUCCUUCAGCAGAGAGUAACGGUGGUCUAGCAAGCUGGAGAAACUUGAGUGGGCAGGACAGAAUUGGCCCCAACCCUGGCUUCAGCAACUUUAACCCAAAUAGCAACCCAUCUGCUUGGCCAGCACUAAUUCAGGAGGGCAAUUCAAGGAAAGGGACUUCAGAAACUGAUAAUGGUGGUUCCAAUGCACAGAUUAGUACAACAGGUCAGACUUCUAGGGAACAGCAGUCAAAGAUGGAAAAUGCGGGUGUUAACUUUGUCUCUGGCAGAGAGCAGGCUCAAAUUCACAACACUGAUGGACCAAAAAAUGGAAAUGCUAUAUCCUUGAACUUAAGUUCACCAAACCCGGUAGAGAAUAAGGGAAUGUCCUUUGAAAUGGGCUUUGGGAACCCCUCCAGGAGCACUGAUGCCCCUUCACAAAGCACUGGAGAGAGAAAAACUGGGAAUGUUGGGUCUUGGGGUACAGCUAGGGGGCCUUCUGGAAUGGACAGUGCUUCUAAUCAAAGCAAUUCUGGAAAUCAUGGGAACAAUGGGAAGGAUAGGGAAGACUUAUGGAAGGGAGCUUCUGUUCAAAAAUCAAAUGGGUCAAGAACUGAAUCUUGGGAUAACAGUAACAGGUCUACGGGUGAUGGGUCUUGGACCGUUGGCCCUCAACACUCUGGUGAAAGUAAAUGGAAUGAAGGGAACAAAAUGACAUCAGGGAUGUCUCAGGGAGAAUGGAAACAGCCGUCUGGGUCUGAUGAACUGAAGAUUGGUGAAUGGAAUGGUCCAAACCAACCAAAUUCUAGCACUGGAGCAUGGGACAAUCAAAGGGGCCACCCGCUUCCUGAAAACCAAGGUAAUUCCCAGGCUCCCUGUUGGGGAAGAUCUUCCAGCUCCGCAGGAAGUGAGAUUGGAGGUCAAAGCACUGGAAGCAACCAUAAAGCAGGAAGCAGUGAUAGUCACAAUUCUGGACGUCGAUCAUACAGGCCUACACAUCCUGAUUGCCAGGCAGUUUUGCAAACUUUAUUAAGCAGGACUGAUUUGGACCCCCGAGUGCUUUCAAAUACUGGUUGGGGUCAAACUCAAAUCAAGCAAGAUACUGUUUGGGACAUAGAAGAGAUGCCAAGAGCUGAGGGAAAGGCUGAUAAAGGUACUGAGGGGUGGGAGAGUUCUGCCAUACAGACAAAGAGCUCAGGGGGCUGGGGAGAUGCACCCAGCCAAAGCAAUCAAAUCAAGUCUGGAUGGGGUGAGCUUUCUACUCCAACAGAAUGGAAAGAGCCCAAAAACACUGGAGGAUGGAAUGAUUACAAGAGCAGUUGCUCUAACUGGGGAGGAGGAAGACCAGAUGAGAAAGUAACAGCAUCCUGGAAUGAGAAUUCCAGCAAGGAUCCAGGAUGGAAUGGGCGGCCACCUAAUCAGGGAUGGUCUUCUGGGAAGAAUGGCUGGGGAGAAGAAGUUGACCAAACAAAAAAUAGCAAUUGGGAAACUUCAGGAAACAAGUCAAUAUCAGGUUGGUGUGAAGCUGGCCAAAAUGAGAUUGGGACUUGGGGUAAUAAUGCAAAUUCAAACUCUUCUUCUAAAGCAGGGUGGGAUAAUAGUAAAAGAACUCCAGCAUGGAAUGAUACUGGUAGACAACCCAAUUCCUGGAAUAAUCAGCAACAACAGCACCAUCAGCAGUCAGAGGCACCUAGUUCCUGGGACCCCCCACCACCACCACAGCCUCCAGGUAAUGGUAGGCUACCCAAUUCUAACUGGAACAGUGGGCCACAGACAACUGUCUCAAAGGAUGAAGAACCCAGUGGCUGGGAAGAACCAUCCCCCCAGUCAAUUAGUCGUAAAAUGGAUAUUGAUGAUGGCACCUCAGCAUGGGGAGACCCCAAUAGUUACAACUAUAAGAAUGUGAACCUCUGGGACAAAAACUCACAAAGUGGACAAGCUUCACGAGAGCAAAACCUCCCUACUCCAAGGCCUAGCAAAGUAGCAGCCUCAGUCUGGAACAAAAGCACACCUCCUGCACCAGAUAAUGGUACCGCUGCUUGGGGUGAACCAAAUGAAACCAGUCCUGGAUGGGGUGAAGUAGAUGAUGCAGGGGCUUCUACCACUUGGGGAAAUGGAUCCUCCAGUGCAUCAAAUGCCAUAAAACCUAAUUCCAAAUCACCUCAAGAUGGCUGGGGCGAUAAUGAUGGGCCAGUAUCAGGAACACGGCAUUCCAGCUGGGAAGAAGAAGAGGAGGGAGGAGUCUGGAACACAGCAGGCUCUCAGGGAAGCAGUUCCUCUCAUAAUUCAACUAGCUGGGGACAAGGAGGAAAGAAACCACAAAUUAAGUGUUCGUUAAAAGGAGGAAGUAGUGAUUCAUGGAUGAAUACUUUAUCUGAUCAGAUUUCAAAUAUGGGAUUGCUGAAUCAAACUGAGGAUUCUUCGGGCAAUAAGAUGGAUUUAUCAGUAGGUGGUCUCCAAGAUAAGAAGUUUGAUGUAGACAAACGAGGCAUGAAUCUUGGAGAUUUUCAUGACAUAAUGAGAAAGAGUCGAUCUGGUUUUCGUCCUCCUAGUUCCAAAGAUAUGGGAAACCCAGAUAGUGGGCCUUACUUUGAAAAGGGUGGCAAUCAAGGUCUGUUUGGAAAUAGCACAGCACAAUCGAGAGGGAUGCACCCACCAGUGCAGCCAUUAAAUCCUUCCCCCAAUAUCCGGGCACAAGUGCCUCCUCAAUUUCUUUCCCCCCAGGUUUCUGCCUCCAUGCUUAAGCAAUUUCCUAACAGUGGUCUGAACCCAGGUCUUUUCAAUAUGGGGCCCCAACUUUCUCCUCAGCAGAUUGCUAUGUUGAGCCAACUUCCACAGAUUCCCCAGUUUCAACUUGCUUGUCAACUGCUCCUCCAGCAGCAGCAACAGCAACAACAACAACAACUGUUACAAAAUCAGAGAAAGAUUUCCCAAGCUGUACGACAGCAACAAGAGCAACAGCUUGCCCGUAUGGUAAAUGCCCUUCAACAACAGCAAAGACAACCUGGCAUGAAGCAUUCUCCAUCCCAUCCAGUUGGACCUAAGCCUCAUUUAGACAGUAUUGUAUCUAGUGGUCUAAAUGUGGGUCUCUCAGAUAUAUCAACCAAAGGGCAGAUUCCUGGAUAUAAUUCAGGUUUUGGUUCAAGUAGCAUGGAUUAUGGCAUGGUAGGAAAAGAAACUGGAACAGAAUCUCGCUUUAAACAGUGGACUUCUAUGAUGGAUGGAUUGCCACCUGUGGCUUCCCAAGAUGCCAGUAUGCACAAAAAUGGGACGAUUGUGCCCCCUGGAAAAGCCCGAGGGGGAUCUCCCUAUAACCAAUUUGAUAUAGUUCCUGGUGACCCACUGGGCAGCCAUACAGGUCCUGCUGGUGAUAGUUGGCUACCUGCCAAAUCCCCACCAACAAGUAAAAUUGGAAGUAAAUCCAGCAAUGCCAGCUGGCCACCAGAAUUUCAGCCAGGAGUGCCAUGGAAAGGUAUUCCAAACAUUGAUCCUGAAUCUGACCCUUACGUGACCCCAGGAAGUGUGCUUGGAGGUACAGUCACAGCCCCCAUUGUAGAUACGGAUCACCAACUUCUGCGGGAUAACAGCACAGGGUCUAAUUCUUCCCUCAACACCUCGCUGCCUUCACCUGGUGCCUGGCCCUACAGUGCCUCUGACAAUUCUUUCACAAAUGUUCAUAGCACUUCAGCAAAAUUCAAUGAUUACAAAUCAACAUGGUCCCCAGAUCCCAUAGGACCUAAUCCCACUCAUCUCUCUAACAAGUUAUGGAAAAACCAUAUUUCCUCAAGAAACACUACAGGGCUGCCACGCCCACCUCCUGGUCUGAGUAAUCCGAAAACAUCCUCUCCUUGGAGCAGCACAGCGCCCCGCUCACUCAGGGGGUGGGGGGCACAGGAUUCAAGGCUUGCCUCUGCCUCUACUUGGAGUGAUGGUGGUUCUGUACGUCCCAGCUACUGGCUGGUUCUUCACAAUCUCACUCCACAGAUUGAUGGGUCAACUUUAAGGACCAUCUGCAUGCAGCAUGGUCCAUUGCUGACAUUCCAUCUUAACCUGACCCAAGGUACCGCCCUUAUCCGAUACAGCACCAAGCAGGAGGCAGCUAAGGCCCAGACUGCACUGCACAUGUGA